AUGACGUCAUUUGGGGCAACUAAAAUUUGCGAUCGUGCAUCCGAUGGACGUAAUUUUGAAACUACAUUCAAAAUUCAAGGCCAGGUGUACCAUAAAAUCGGAUCACUGAUGCCAAUGCCUGAUAACAAUCCGAAAUUUCUUCAAAUUUAUUUUAUGGGCGAUUGUGAAGAGCGCGUGACGACUCGGUGCCUGUAUAAUUUUAUUGAACAAGCAGAGGAAAGAGCAAUUGUGAUAUUAUUGGAAAAUUUUUUAGAAGAUCACAAUCAACUAAUUCAAUUGAUCAAAAGAGUUUCGCCACGACUGCAAAAUGACAAUUAUCAAAUCGUCAUAAAAGCCGACAAAGUACCAUUAGGUGAACAUGCUGGUAGAUUCAACGCUCCAACAGUUGAUGAGGUUGCUGUUAUCAUGGUUGGUGAUCCAGUUGACAAAAGAUCUAUAAAAAUUACACGGCGAGACAACACUGUCAGUACGAUUUCGGAUCUACACCGUUUAUAUGACGCACUACAAUAUCCAUUGAUAUUUUGGCAAGGACAAGAUGAAUAUCACCUUAAUAUCAAACAGUAUGAUCCAAAUACCGGUAAAUUUGACAAUUAUCUAUUUACUUUCUUACUAAAUAAUAAAGUUAGCUCAAUAAUGAACUACUACGCACACCGAAUAAUGGUUAGACAACAUCAAGACAAUUAUAUCCUUCGAUAUCGUCAGCUGUUCCAUCAAUACAUUGUUGAUAUGUAUGCUAAGGUCGAAAGCGAACGCUUGCGAUUCCUUCGAUUCAACCAGGCAAAACUACGAUCGGAAGAAUAUAUUCACUUACGAGAUGCUGUUGCUGGAAACAUCGAUGGAAAUUUAAAUCCCAAUGACAUCGGUAAUGCUUUCAUUUUACCUUCAAGCUACAUCGGCAGUCCACGGAACAUGCAGGAAUACAUACAAGAUGCGAUGACUUACGUACGUCAUUACGGCCGACCGGAUUUAUUUAUUACAUUCACAUGUAAUCCGAAUUGGGAAGAGAUACAAACUUUACUAUUGCCAGGACAACAAGCCAUUCAUCGUCAUGAUUUAAUUGCACAGUGGCAAAAGCGAGGUUUGCCUCAUGCCCACAUUUUGGUUUGGCUUAAAGAUAAAAUCCGUCCUGAAGAAAUCGAUCAAAUAAUUUCAGCCGAAAUUCCAGACCCAUUAAUUGAUCAAGAAUUAUUUGAUAUUGUCACCAAACACAUGAUCCAUGGGCCAUGCGGUGCUUUCAACAUGACGUCACCGUGCAUGGAAAAUGGAAAAUGUAAAAAAAACUUCCCAAAGCCACAUACGAAUGACACGAUCACGGAUAUUGAUGGUUAUCCAAUGUAUCGCCGCAGAAGUACUGAGAAUGGUGGCCACACAUUUACAAUGCGACUGCCGAACUUUCCAAAUCAAGUUGAGUUUGAUAAUCAGUGGGUGGUACCAUACUCACCACUACUUUCAAAAACUUACAAAGCUCAUAUCAAUGUUGAGCUUUGCAGUUCUGUUAAAUCAAUUAAGUAUAUUUGUAAAUAUGUAAACAAAGGCAGUGAUUUGGCCAUAUUUGAAGUACAAAACAUAAAUAAAAAUGACGAAAUAGCACGAUACCAAAUGGGCAGAUACAUUAGCAGCAAUGAAGCUAUUUGGCAUAUUCUCAGCUUUCCCAUCCACGAAAGAGAUCCUGCUGUCCAACAUCUGGCAAUACAUCUUGAAAACGGUCAACGUGUAUACUUCACUGAAGAAAACGUUCUCCAAAGAGCAUUCGAAGCUCCGAAAACGACUCUAACUGAAUUUUUUACAUUGUGUCAAAAACCUGAUGUUUUUGGCCAAUUCGCGAAGACAUUGGUGUAUGGUGAUGUUCCACGUUAUUUCACAUGGAACAAAUCCAGUAAAAAAUGGGAGCCACGGAAACAAGGAAAACCACAUCCUUCCAUUACGGGCAUAUUCAAAGCUAAGACAUUGGGGAGACUUUACACGGUACAUCCAAAGCAACGUGAGUGCUUCUAUUUACGUUUGUUAUUGGUGAAUGUUCCCGGACCAACGUCUUUUGAAUUUUUACGAACAGUUAAUGGUCGAGUAUUCAAUACAUACCAGGAUGCAUGUCGUGAACUGCAAUUGCUAGAAGACGAUAACCAUUUAGACUUAACACUUGCUGAUGCUGCGUUGACAUCAACACCGAAUAACAUUCGUCAGUUGUUUGCAAUUAUUUUGACGACAUGUUAUCCCUCGCAAGCACAAACUUUGUGGGAAAAAUAUAAAAAUUGUAUGACAGAAGACAUCUUGCACCGAAUUAGACAAACAAAUCAAUGCCAAAACAUAGAUUAUACACCAGAGAUGUACAAUGAAGCAUUGGUCUUGAUCGAGGAUUUAUGUGUUCUUAUUUUAAAUUUACCACUUAAUCAUUAUGGUAUGCCAUCACCUAAUCGUCCACCCACCGACUUAGUCAAUACCGAUUUACAACGAGAAAAUCAAUAUGACCAUGGAAGUUUAGCAACAAUUAUCAUGAACAGUGAACCAUUACUGACAGCAGAACAAAAAAUUAUUUAUGAUCGGAUUAUGCUGGCUGUUGCUGCUGAACAAGGCGGUUUUUUUUUCUUGGAUGCACCCGGUGAAACCGGUAAGACAUUUUUAAUAUCGUUGAUUCUUGCCAAAAUACGGUCGCAACAAAAAAUCGCAUUAGCAGUAGCAUCGUCAGGCAUUGCGGCUACUUUACUGGAUGGUGGGCGAACAGCACAUUCAACAUUCAAGCUGCCAUUGGACGUUCAUAAUAAACCAGAUGCAAUGUGUAACAUCAAAAAGAAUAGUGGAAUAGCUGCAGUGUUGCGGAAGAGUUCUAUAAUAAUUUGGGAUGAGUGCACAAUGGCACACAAAUAUUCACUUGAAGCAUUAAACAGAACUAUGCAAGAUUUAAACAGCAAUAAUAAACUUUUCGGUGGUGCUAUCUUACUUUUGUCUGGUGACUUCCGGCAGACCUUACCGGUUAUACCUCGCUCUACUUUCGCGGAUGAGAUUAAUGCAUGUUUGAAACAAUCAUUCUUAUAG